AUGAGUGUCCCUCGUGCGCGGUUGUUAGACUUGAUGAAGGCGCAAUGCCAAGUAUUCGCCACGACGUUCAACCCUGAGGGGAUUCGCAUGGGCAACAAGGUCUUGCGACAGCGACUCAAAGGCCCUGCGCUCGCCGCUUACUACCCCCGGAAGCUGGCGUCGAUUAAGGAUGUGAAGCGAGAGUUUGGUCCGGUGCUUGCCACGUGGGACGACGCCGAGGAAGAUCGAUUCGAGUACAUUGAAGAGCUUAAGCAGCGUGGAAAGAGUGCACCAAAGAAGAAGAAGGGUCCU